GGAGCGCGUUUCAUGUGCUUCUUGUCGGCUUGUCCCCGCUUUGUGCCUGUUCGAGCAAUCCACAGUCACCGCUUCCCGCCCCAUAGCGACGCAGGCCGUUUCCGAGGUCUCCAGACUUGGACCUCCGUGAAGGAACGUCCUUGUUGGUUUUCUUUUACUUCUUCAAUUCCCCAUACAAGACGAUGUUGGAGUCAAUCCAGAUCCAUACCAUUUUCUGAGCUCGAGUCCAUCGAUCCAGCCUAAGACAAACUCGGGAUGUCCCAGACGCAGGAAGCGGCCCCUACGCCGGCCUUCAGGGCGCGAAAGGACGCAAUCUUGUCACGGCGGUACAUCGAGGGUCAAAUCGCCGAUGGCAAGCAUAUCAUCAUUUUCGAUGAUCGAGUGCUCAAGGUCGAUGCGUGGAUCAAAUUCCACCCUGGAGGAGACAAGUCUAUUAAACACAUGGUCGGACGGGAUGCGACGGACGAAAUCAAUGCGUUACAUUCACCAGAGGCACGCCAGCGAAUGUUGUCUUUCCAGAUCGGCCGCAUCCAGGGACCGUGGUUGAACUUUCUCCCUCCGAUCCAGGGCGGGAAGUUCCGUCCAUAUCCAGGCGAGACAUGUUCAAGCGACGAGGACAGCACAGAUCAGGAUGUCUCACAGCCCCCUUCUCCAGUGUUUGAUGCAGCAGACGCAGGAUACAAAGCUCCAGGAGUCCGCCGCCGAAGGAAAUCGACAACGACUUCGGAUACAUCAGUCUCAACCACUCCCACUGAAGGGUUCGAGCCGAAACCCUUCUUCCUUGAUGCCCGAACUCAAGAGGAGAUCGUCUUUGAUGUCGCUAAGUACCCGUCCCUUGACACGGCGAAUCAAGAAGAAAUCAAGAGGAAAUACCGCGAACUGAAUGAGCGGAUCCGCGCGGAAGGUCUUUACAAUUGCAACUAUUUCUCGUACUUUAUAGAAUGCUGUCGCUACACUCUUCUCGCUGUCCUGUCAUAUACCUUUCUUCGCUUAGGGUGGUAUGUGAUAUCGGCCUUCUUUCUCGGGUGCUUCUGGCACCAGCUCGUUUUUGCAGCCCAUGAUGCUGGCCAUAUGGGCAUCACCCAUCAUUUUCAUGUCGACUCAGUCAUCGGCAUCAUCAUUGCGGAUUAUUUAGGCGGCCUGAGCCUGGGCUGGUGGAAACGGAAUCACAAUGUCCACCACAUCGUCACCAACGCUCCAGAGCAUGACCCCGACAUCGAGCACAUGCCUUUCUUUGCCAUAUCACAUCGCUUCUUGACGAGUCUCCGAAGCACCUACUACGACCGUGUCAUGCAUUUUGACGCCAUGGCGAAUUUCAUGCUGCGGUAUCAGAAUUACCUCUACUAUCCAAUCCUUCUGUUUGGUCGAUUCAAUCUCUACCGACUGAGCUGGGAAUACCUAUUUUGCGGCCAAGCCCCGAAGAAGGGUCCUGCCUGGUGGCAUCGCUGGUUCGAGAUCGGAGGACAGGUAUUCUUCUGGUAUUGGUUCGGCUACGGCGUGCUAUACCGCUCUAUUCCAGACUGGAGCAGCCGGAUAGCCUACAUCCUGGUUUCUCACAUGGUCACUGCUCCUCUGCAUGUGCAGAUCACACUGUCCCAUUUUGCCAUGUCGACUGCCGACUUGGGUGUGCAUGAAUCGUUCCCUCAAAAGAUGCUUCGCACCACCAUGGAUGUUGACUGCCCUACAUGGCUCGACUUCUUCCAUGGUGGACUGCAGUUCCAGGCUAUUCACCACCUCUACCCUCGCAUUCCUCGUCACAACCUGCGUCGUACCCAGAAACUCGUGAUCGACUUCUGUCGGGACACUGGCAUACCCUAUGCCGUUUUCACCUUUUAUGACGGCAACAAGGAAGUGAUUAGCAGACUUGGGGAUGUCGCGAAGCAAGUCCGUAUCCUUGAAGAAUGCAGGAAAUCGUGCGCCGAGCAGGGCGUUUUCUCAGAUCAUCGUCACUGAAAGGGAGCUGUUGCUUUGCUCAUGGUGGAACUUAUCAAUCCCAGGCCAGAUGUCCGGUUUUCUGGGUCUUGUACUGUCAGUGUACAUUUCCUAUUGUUGGUGGCUGUUUCGAGCUUGGAUUUGGCCCUGUGUGUUACGCUAUGCUUGUGAGGCUCUUUUGGGCCACUCUAAUGACCGUCAUGCUUCUUGUGUUUGACGCUGCUAGAUAAUGACAUUAGAGCUGGCACUCGAUUGCUAGCACUGUCGAAGAGAGCGCAUGGAAACCCGUCCUAUUCUUCUUCUUAGUUAGCAUGGAUGACUGAAUUGAUAUUCUGUCGC